CAUUCAAGCUUCAAUAAUGGAACACUGGACCCUGUCUGGCCUUCUCGUGAUCUCCGUCCUUCUUGGACUGAGUCAAGCUUUUGCCCCCUGCAAUUCGGAGGGAAAAGCUCACUGUGUCAGCCGGCAAAAUUGUGACAUUCAUAUACAAUAUCGUAUGGGACUGGAUCAGGGUCAGGACGCUAGGUGCUCAAAUGAUGAAGUCUGCUGCUCAUAUGAACACAUUAAUUUGCCCUGUGGACCGAAUGGAGUAGGCAAGUGCGUGACUAAGGAUUUGUGCAAAGUGCCUUUCACUUACCGCUCAUACUCAUUUGGCGAUUGCCCGGCAGAUUUUACUUGCUGCCCAGAAACAAAAAAAGUUCUGCUGAGCCUUCCUAAUGAUCCACUAUAAGAAAAUAAUCGAACAAGAUGUCCAAGAAGGUAUGGAUCUCUUUCUAAAAUGGUUUAAACAGGUGCCAAAAUAAAAUUGAUAUCCACAAAGUGCCAAUCAUUCUUGAUUUUUUAAUUUUGGAUCCUAACAAUUUUAUCAAAACAAUAAAUUGUUUUUAACCUUAUGAUA